GUGAUCCACAAGAAUCCCAACAGGGGAGUGGAGAAGUGAAACAGGAAGAGAAGAAAGCCAAUAAACUGGCGGCCGGGGCUGCGAGGCUCACCAGACCUGGAGGACCUGCUCAGUCAGCUGGGGCCCCCUGCGGACGGACGGCUGCUUCCCUCGCCACUAGGACUUGCGACUGUGCGCGGAAUGGCAGCCGCAGCAGCAUCCCCGCCAGCGGAGGUGGCGGCUGCAGCCACGGCCACCGCGGACGCUAUUGUUCCCCGGUGUUAAAAGAGCUUUCACUCCUUUUCAUCUGAAACGAACAAUAGCAGGGAGAGCUUUGCUUUCUGUACUCCUUGGGAAGACAUUCCGAGGGCAAAGAAAAAUUCCCUGCCCACCGUGUUCCGGAUCUGGACCCUGGAGCGGCUGCGAGCGGCAUGGGGCUGCCAGCGAGGCGCUCGGCGUCGCGGAGCCCGGGAGCGGAGGGCCCGCGCCGGGGCGUCCUGCAGCUGCUCCCGCUGCUGCAUCUGCUCCCGCCGCUGCUGCUGCUGCUGCUCUGCCCGGGCGCCUGCGGGGCUGCGGCUCCGGGUGAGGCCGAGGCACCCACCCUCUAUCUGUGGAAGACUGGUCCCUGGGGCCGAUGCAUGGGAGACGAAUGUGGUCCAGGAGGCAUUCAGACCCGGGCUGUGUGGUGUGCUCAUGUGGAGGGAUGGACAACGUUACACACCAACUGUAAGCAGGCCGAGAGACCCAGUAACCAGCAAAACUGCUUCAAAGUUUGUGACUGGCACAAAGAGUUGUACGACUGGAGGCUGGGACCCUGGAAUCAGUGCCAGCCUGUGAUUUCAAAAAGCCUGGAGAAACCCCUGGAGUGCAUUAAGGGGGAGGAAGGCAUUCAGGUGAGAGAGAUAACAUGCAUCCAGAAGGAGAAAGACAUUCCUGCGGAGGAUAUAAUUUGUGAGUACUUUGAGCCCAAGCCGCUCCUGGAGCAGGCCUGCCUCAUCCCCUGCCAGCAAGAUUGCAUCGUUUCUGAGUUUUCUGCCUGGUCGGGAUGCUCCAAGACGUGCGGCAGUGGGCUCCAGCACCGGACGCGGCACGUGGUGGCUCCGCCCCAGUUUGGGGGCUCAGGCUGUCCAAACCUGACGGAGUUUCAGGUGUGCCAGUCCAGUCCGUGUGAAGCUGAAGAGAGCAUGUACAGCUUGCAUGUGGGACCUUGGAGCACGUGCUCAGUGCCCCACUCGAGACAAGUGAGACAAGCGAGGAGACGUGGGAAGAACAAAGAACGGGAAAAGGACCGAGGGAAAGGAGUGAAGGACCCAGAGGCUCGGGAGCUUAUUAAGAAAAAGAGAAAUAGAAACCGACAGAAUCGGCAAGAAAACAAAUACUGGGACAUCCAGAUUGGAUAUCAGACCAGAGAGGUUACCUGUGUGAACAAGACGGGCCAAGCUGCUGAUCUGAGAUUCUGCCAGCAGGAGAAGCUGCCAAUGACCUUCCAGUCCUGCGUGAUCACCAAAGAAUGCCAGGUGUCGGAGUGGUCAGAAUGGGGCCCCUGCUCAAAAACGUGCCACGAUAUGGCGUCCCCCGAAGGCACUCGUGCACGGACGAGGAUCAUCAGGCAGUUUCCAAUUGGCAGUGAGAAAGAGUGUCCAGAGCUGGAGGAAAAAGAACCCUGCGUGCCUCAGAGAGACGCAGCCGCCCCCUGUGCCACGUACGGCUGGAGAACCACAGAGUGGACCGAGUGCCGCGUGGACCCUUUGCUCAGUCAGCAGGACAAGAGGCGAGGCAACCAGACAGCCCUCUGUGGAGGAGGGGUCCAGACCCGAGAGGUAUACUGCGUGCAGACCAAUGAAAACCUCCUCUCACACUUGAAUACACACAAGGACAAAGAAGCCUCAAAACCAGUGGAUUUGAAAUUGUGCACUGGCCCUGACCCCAACACCACCCAGCUGUGCCACAUUCCCUGUCCAAUCGAAUGUGAGGUUUCACCUUGGUCGGCCUGGGGACCUUGCACUUACGAAAACUGUAGUGACCAGCAAGGCAAAAAAGGUUUCAAACUGAGGAAGCGGCGCAUUACCAACGAGCCCACCGGAGGCUCUGGGGGCAUCGGGAACUGCCCCCACUUACUGGAAGCCAUUCCCUGUGAGGAGCCAUCCUGCUAUGAGUGGAAAGCAGUGAGGCUUGGAGACUGUGAACCAGAUAAUGGAAAAGAGUGUGGUCCAGGCACUCAAGUUCAAGAGGUUGUCUGCAUCAACAGUGAUGGAGAAGAAGUUGACAGACAGCUAUGCAGAGAUGCCAUCUUCCCCAUCCCCGUCGCCUGUUAUGCCCCGUGCCCAAGGGACUGUGUGCUCAGCACGUGGUCUGCAUGGUCCUCCUGCUCGCACACCUGCUCAGGGAAAACCACAGAAGGGAAACAGAUACGGGCACGCUCCAUUCUGGCCUAUGCGGGUGAGGAAGGUGGAACUCACUGUCCAAAUACAAGCGCUUUGCAAGAGGUGCGCAGCUGUAAUGAGCAUCCCUGUACUGUAUAUCACUGGCAAACUGGUCCGUGGGGCCAGUGCAUUGAAGACACCUCAUUGUCGUCCUUCAACACAACCACAACUUGGAACAGGGAGGCCUCUUGCUCUGUUGGCAUGCAGACAAGAAAAGUCAUCUGCGUGCGGGUCAAUGUGGGCCAAGUGGGACCCAAAAAGUGUCCUGAAAGCCUUCGGCCUGAAACCGUGAGGCCCUGUCUGCUUCCUUGUAGGAAGGACUGUGCCGUGACCCCAUACAGUGACUGGACACCGUGUCCCUCCUCAUGUAAAGAAGGGGAUUCCGGAAUCAAGAAGCAGUCUCGGCACCGGGUCAUCAUUCAGCUGCCGGCCAAUGGGGGCAGGGACUGCUCGGACCCUCUCUAUGAAGAGAAGGCCUGCGAGGCCCCUCAGAUGUGCCAAAGCUACAGGUGGAAGACACACAAAUGGCGCCGGUGCCAGUUAGUCCCUUGGAGCGUGCAACAGGACAGCCCUGGAGCACAGGAAGGCUGUGGGCCCGGACGACAAGCAAGAGCCAUCUCCUGUCGAAGGCAAGACGGAGGACAGGCUGGCAUCCAGGAAUGCCUCCGGUAUGCCGGCCCUGUGCCAGCCCUCACCCAGGCCUGCCAGGUCCCCUGCCAAGAUGACUGUCAGUUCACCAGCUGGUCCAAGUUUUCUUCAUGCAACGGAGACUGUGGUGCGGUUAGGACCAGAAAGCGCACUAUUGUUGGAAAAAGUAAAAAGAAGGAAAAAUGUAAGAAUUCUCACGUGUACCCUCUGAUUGAGACUCAGUACUGUCCUUGUGACAAGUAUAACGCGCAGCCCGUGGGGAACUGGUCGGACUGCAUUUUACCAGAGGGGAAAGUGGAAGUGCUGCUGGGAAUGAAAGUGCAAGGAGACAUCAAGGAGUGCGGGCAAGGCUAUCGUUACCAAGCAAUGGCAUGCUACGAUCAAAACGGCAGGCUGGUGGAAACGUCCAGAUGUAACAGCCAUGGUUACAUUGAAGAAGCCUGCAUCAUCCCCUGCCCCUCCGACUGCAAGCUCAGUGAGUGGUCCAACUGGUCCCGCUGCAGUAAGUCCUGCGGGAGUGGCGUGAAGGUUCGGUCUAAAUGGCUUCGUGAAAAACCGUAUAACGGAGGAAGACCUUGCCCCAAACUGGACCAUGUCAACCAGGCACAGGUGUAUGAGGUCGUCCCCUGCCAGAGUGACUGCAACCAGUACUUAUGGGUCGCAGAGCCCUGGAGCGUCUGCAAGGUGACCUUCGUGAACACACGGGAUAACUGCGGAGAGGGCGUGCAAACCCGGAAAGUGAGAUGCAUGCAGAACACAGCGGAUGGCCCUUCUGACCAUGUGGAUGAUUACCUCUGUGACCCAGAAGAGAUGCCCCUGGGUUCCAGAGAGUGCAAAUUGCCAUGCCCUGAGGAUUGUGUGAUAUCCGAAUGGGGACCGUGGACUCGAUGCACUUUGCCUUGCAAUCAAAGCAAUUUCCGACAAAGGUCAGCGGAUCCCAUCAGACAACCCGCUGAAGAAGGAAGAGUCUGCCCUGAUGCUGUUGAGAGGGAACCCUGCAACCUGAACAGGAACUGCUUCCACUACGAUUAUAAUGUGACAGAUUGGAGUACGUGUCAGCUGAGUGAAAAGGCAGUUUGUGGAAAUGGCAUUAAAACAAGGAUGCUGGACUGUGUUCGAAGCGAUGGCAAGUCUGUUGACCUGAAAUAUUGUGAAGAGCUGGGCCUUGAGAAGAACUGGCAGAUGAACACAACCUGCAUGGUGGAAUGCCCUGUCAACUGCCAGCUUUCUGAGUGGUCCACGUGGUCAGAAUGUUCGCAAACAUGUGGCCUCACAGGAAAAAUGAUCCGAAGACGAACAGUCACCCAGCCCUUUCAGGGUGAUGGGAGGCCGUGCCCAGUCCUGAUGGAACAGUCCAAGCCUUGCCCAGUAAAGCCCUGCUAUCGGUGGCAGUAUGGCCAGUGGUCUCCGUGCCAAGUGCAGGAUGCCCAUUGUGGAGAAGGGACCAGAACAAGAAACAUUUCUUGUGUAGUGAGUGAUGGGUCAGCUGAUGAUUUCAGCAAAGUGGUGGACGAAGAAUUCUGUACUGAUGUUGAGCCCAUUAUAGAUGGUAAUAAAAAAAUGGUAUUGGAAGAAACCUGCACCCAGCCUUGCCCAGGCGACUGUUAUUUGAAGGACUGGUCCCCAUGGAGCCUGUGUCAGCUGACCUGUGUGAAUGGUGAGGACCUAGGCUUUGGCGGAAUACAGGUCCGCUCCAGAGCGGUGAUUAUACAAGAGCUAGAGAAUCAACACCUGUGCCCAGAGCAGAUGUUGGAAACAAAAUCAUGUGAUGAUGGACAGUGUUAUGAGUACAAAUGGAUGGCCAGUGCUUGGAAAGGCUCUUCCCGCACAGUCUGGUGUCAAAGGUCAGAUGGUGUCAAUGUAACAGGGGGCUGCUUGGUGGUACGCCAGCCUGACGCUGACAGGUCUUGCCACCCACCGUGUAGCCAACCCCACUCAUACUGUAGCGAGAUGAGGACCUGCAGUUGUGAAGAAGGGUACACUGAAGUCUUGUCUUCUAACGGUACACUUGAGCAGUGCACACUGAUCCCCGUGGUAGUGAUGCCCACCGUGGAGGACAAACGAGGAGACGUGAAAACCAGUCGGGCAGUCCACCCGACCCAGCCCUCCAGUAACCCAGCGGGACGGGGAAGGACCUGGUUUCUGCAGCCAUUUGGGCCAGAUGGGAGACUGAAGACCUGGGUUUACGGUGUAGCAGCUGGGGCAUCUGUGUUACUCAUCUUUAUUGUCUCCAUGAUUUAUCUAGCUUGCAAAAAGCCAAAGAAACCCCAAAGAAGGCAAAACAACCGACUGAAACCACUAACGUUAGCCUACGAUGGAGAUGCAGACAUGUAAAAUAUACCUUAUCCUGGCAACAACCAGUUUUGGCUUUCUGAUUUUGCAGUAGAUACCCAGAGGUCACAAAGCUAUUCAGAUUGUGUGGGUUAAAAUGCACUGCACCUUUUCAACAGAGCAUCAGUAAGAAAGGGGUGAAAAUCACAGUGCCAGUGGGGAUAUCAAGAUAAUACCACUUCCACAGAAACCAUCAGCACUGAGAAGUCUAGAAGAUUAAGGUGACUACAUGCUGCCUUCCAAGAGUUUUGUGUGAUCUUUCAUGAAACCUACCAGCUGGCAAUUUACUUUCAUCUCUAAUAUACAGUGGUGGAAUUGGCCAUUUGGGAUGCCCGAUGUAAGCCUCUGCCCGCGGUGUUAACCCAUAGUAACAUUUUAGCAUGAAGACUUUAUACCAAGAUCUCUACAAUACGAUAGGCAAGCAUAACAUCAUGUAUACUCAACUGAAUGCUACAUAUUAUUGUGUCAGAUUAUAUACUUGUUAAUAAGCCAUUUUAAUGGUGAAUGCAAGAUAAGCUCUAAACUGAGCAGAAAACCCAUUGAGUAAACUCAGCAUCUCGGUGACUGAUGGUAGCUUUUACUGACCUGUAUUUCAGAGGCAAAGACUUUUUUUUAUAAGACUUAAUUCUUGUCUUUCUCCAAAGUACGAAUGCUGGACAUGUACUAGUGUCUUAGAAGAGUUCUCAAGUUCAGUAUUUUAUAGUGGUUAUUGUCUGGAAAACUAAUUUGCUUGUGUUACUACAGUAAGUUUCUACUUUUCCCAAUUUCAAACUGGUUGCCUGAAUCGUUUUUGCUAAAUGGAAGGCACAAUUUUGCACUAUAUUAGUGCAGCAUGAAGGCAUUUAACCCGUAUUGCCAUAGAAACCACCUCUUUUCAUAUGGGAUGAAGACAUCUCUGCCAAGAGUGUCAUGGAGACAUUUACAACUUCCUGUAUCCUGAAGAGAGGCAAGUUCAUUUAGGAUGGCGACAGGAUGGAACUAGCUGUUACAUCUGCUGUAUACACUUUUCCUCAUCAUUGCAGCCAUUGGGAAAUCAACAACAUGGCGGUGAUUUAAGUGUUUCAGUCCAAAACUCAUUAACCCUCUGAAAGAUGGAUCCCUCGAGUUGGUUUUUAAUUGUACUUCGAAGGCUGUUUAUGACUAGAUUUUUAUAUUUGUUAUCUUUGUUAAAAAAAGAAAAGAAAAGAAAAAAAGGGGCUGGUUGUCUUUUUAAUUUUGAGCAGAUGGAGAAAAUAAUGUAUUGAUGAUUUUUUGUGCCUGAAAGAAAUCAAGAUUGUGUGUUGAUUUUUUUCCCUCUGAUCUGUUUUUUCUAGUUUUGUCAUUCUUACUGGUAACAUUCAAAGUGGUCUUUUUAAUUUAUGAUUUUGAAAGCUAAAAUUUUAAAAAGAGAAAAGUAUUUUGUCUAGGGCUUCAUUAAAUGUCUAGACCAAGGGUGGCAAACCUUUUCUGUAAAGAGCCAGGCGGUGAGUAUGUUCAGGCAGGUCAGUGCUACAGCUUCUUGGUUGUGCCAUCGUGAGAGCACAGACACAGAGAACACACAGUACAGUGAAGCGUAAGCACGGACGUUUUCCAGUAACAUUUUCUUACACAGUCAGCAGGCCGCAUCACGGGUCACUGUUUACUGACCGCUAGUCUAGAAGUUUAUUCCCUGCUAACUCUCCACCGUGUCUUUAGUUUUCAUUCAUUUACCUCAGACUGAAAUCAGUGUUUAAUUUCACAGGUGAAAAACUGUUAUUGAACGUAUCACUGAGUUGGAAGUCCUAUAUUUUUGCAGCUAUAGGCCUGGGAAUGGCACAGUGAAAUAAUACCUAACUUGGCAGAUUUCUUUCAUAUGAAAAGAAAAUUCAAAAGGUGCCAUUAAAGAGCAAUAUCAUUUUUCAGGCAACUUUUCUUGCAACAACCUUUGGGAGAGGGGGGGAUAUUAGGGUGUCAGGUCUUUUGAAAAAUAGUGUAACAGCUAUUUUUACCUUAAACAUAGCUGUGUUGCUAUAAAAGUGAUUUGGAAUAGAAGGUAUUUUACCUUCAUACUAGAGUUUGAACUCCCCCUGCUGUUUCUUAAAGUAUUUGCAAAAAUUAUAGAAGACAUCAGAUCAGGAUGUCAUUGUCCCCAAAAUGAACACAUUUCUACAUAUGUCAGUAAGAAUUAAAUGUGGUAAAUGUUAAUUUGUUAUUCAAUAUUUAUUAUAUUAAGCAAUGUAAAUAAUUUCAAAACAAACAAGUGAUCGAGAAGAUGAGAAUUUACCUCUAACCAAGGAAUUAAGGAAAAGCAUAAAAACAAAUUCCAUUUCGUCUCUUAUUGAAGAGGAAGACACAAAAUAAUAUUGUUACUCGAAAACUGUGAUUGCCAAUAUAGGUAUGUACUCAGGAGUCUUCCAGAAAAUUGAUCUCUUUGAAUAAAACAAUUCCAUUUGUCCAAAAUAGUAGAGAAUCUAAUUCAGCUAACAGCCUUAUGAAAUGCGUGCAGCACUUAAUAACAUUGAAAUUAUUGAAUCAAAUAAAAUAUUGUUGCUACUAAAGCUAUAUGUAUAAUAAUGUAAAAUGUCAUUAAUUCAGAAGGCAGAUCGGUGUCACCCUACCUUUAUUAUAAGAAUUAAUUGAUCAAAAUGAGAAAAUGUUAUGAAAAUAGAAGAUAACUUAAUUCAUAAAUUGAUUACACUUUACAACACAAUGUGUGUGCAGAAGACUAGGUUUAAUGUGACUCAACACUAGGCUAGGGAGUAUAUUUGAAGUUCCUUGUUAGAUAAAUAAAUACCGGAUGGCCUCUUGUUAGAAAGGUUGGAAGGAGGAGAAUGUAGCUAGCUGGCUAUUUUGGACAAAUGAAAGUUACUGUAUUCAUGUUUAUAACAUGAAAAUGGCCUUAUUUUUGCUCUUGGCAUGAGUCGAUAAUGAGUUAAACACCUUACUGAAAUUUCAUCAGAACCUUAUUCUUCCUGUCCAUUUUAAGAAUUCAGGACGAGAAUAUAGUAAUAACUUGUCUGUUGACACUUUUGCCUUACCAAAAUGGUCUGAGUCCAGAAAGAUUUAGAAUUACUGUUGGAUAAGUAUGAAGAUCUACUUGGUUUAAGAAAAAGAAAAGAAACGGAGAGUAUUGACAUGUGUUAUACUAUUUUGUUGGACUGUGUCAAUAUAAACCACACAGAAGCAACAUAAUUGAUCUCUCUCAAAAGGGGCUGAUUUGCUCAUUCAUUAAUACCUUAUCUAGGAUCUUGACCAUCAUCCUUAUUUCAAAGCCUCUUUUUGGACACUACAGUGUAGCUUAAGCUAAUUUGAAAUGAGUACAUAAAAGCAUGUUCUUAAUUACUGCAAAGCACAAACUUCUUAUAACAGACAAAUAUUUAUUGAAUUAUCACAGGUAAGACACUCUGCUAGGCACUGUAAAAAACUAGUAAUGGCUUUUGUGUACAUAUGUAGCUAAGACAUUCAAAAGGAGGAACAAAUGCUUAAUGAAUACACAUCGCCCUUUAGCUCUGUUUUUCAGUGUGGUUCGUGUUUUUUCUUACUGAACGCCCCUCCACCCUCAGAAAGGUGGCAGUGGUCAUUAUGGCUUAAUGAGAACUCAUCUUAAAUUCCUGUACACUUCAAGAUAAAGUCACCUAUUUAAAAACUUCUCACAGGGAGCAAGUAACACCUCUCAUGAUUUUUUUUUUUGCCCUCCUCCCACUCGCUAUAUCCUUGCUCCUUUAUGAGGACUUUCUGUGCCUGGUUUCCUCUACUCUGCUCUCUUAUCAACAACCGAUCUCAUCUACUCACCUCAGAACCACCUUCUACUAAACACGCCCACAUUGUUAACGAGAAAAAAUAUGACGUGAAUACCUGUAUUUCCUUCCUCUUAGGGUUGAAGUGUCACUUAAAGUGUGCACACAUUGAUUUAAACAGAAUGUAUGGGUCAAGGACAUGAGGACAAAUGUACACUGCAUGCCAGAAAACAAGACAAAACAAAAAACCCUCUUCUGUAAAAGUGUUACUUCCUACACUCGAUUUCGCCCAACUCCGAGUCCUCCGACUUGGGGUCGGAAUCCAUUUGCGAGAAUCAUCCCCCAAACCUCUGGGAUCCCACUAUUUGUAAUGACAUCACCAAACACAAUGUCUUUCUUGUUCUCUUUCCCCUCUAAUACUGAGGUGUCAGAGUGAGAGCAGUCCUCGAACAAAUCUGGGAGGAACCUUGCAAGAGGGUGACCUCUCCCAGGUGGGGUUUAGAUGUGAGAACAGAGGUGUCUCCCUGUCCCACCUGGCCUGGCCUCAGGUGGCCGUGACUGUAGAACGGGCUUUUAGGUUUGAAACAAAUAGGAGUGUGGGCCUAGCAAACGUUACUUUUUAUAGAAAGGGUGUGCGAUGUGAUGAGGCUGGAUCUAGCAGGGACACUGAAAAACAGUUAUAUCUACAUUCUUAAAUAAGUAAAAUAAAGCCAAGAUGGGUAGAGUUAGUUUUGUAGUUUUAUGUUUUCAUGUUUUUACCAAGCCAGACCUUGAAAUGGGCAGUGUACGGAGACUUACACUUUGUGGGAGUCAUGUUGUCCGCGAUCAAAAAUCUCUAUUUAGGUAUAUAAUGGGGUGUCUGCCUUAUUGUUGUGUUUCGUGGAUGUUCUUUUCUUUUUCCCAAAGUGGUGGCUGGUAGGUCACCUACUUUGAUCCCCCGAUGACUUUCCUUGACAUUUUUCAGUAAUCUGUGUUUGUUUUUCAAAAGUGAUCAUCAAGAUUCCCUUUCUGGUACUUUUUCCUGCCUAUUUCUAGCACAGAGAUUUAAAGAGAUCAGUAUCUGUCACUGUAAUAUAUAACUUUGUUAAAUUUGCAAUAUGUCUUUCUAUAAAUUAUACUUCCCUAAGUAUGGUUUUUGUUUAAUUUAAUUACCUGAAUAUUUAUUUUGUUUAAAUAAGAAGGCAGCUGUUUAAGAAGUUUUUGUUAAUAUUACUUUGUAAAUUGUGUAAUGUAACUUAUUUUAAAUUAUGUACAUUUCUUUUUUAAUGCACAAAACGCCUAUGUACUGAUUAACUACAGAUUUGCGAACAAAGCCACUAAGCUUUCCUCAGUUAAUACAGAUGGCAUGUGAAGAUGUAAUAUGCUUUUUUACAUUUUCAUGUGGGGAAUUUGUAAAUAAUUGCAUUGCUGACAAACAUAA